GUUUCAGACUGCACAGUGUGUUUCCAGUACCAGUAUGUAAUCUCACUGUAUGUAGACUUCACCUUUUUCCUCAAUCCCUGCAAAACAGACACUGUGUUCCUCUCUUUGCUUUAUUUACUCUCUAUCUCAAAUGAGGAGCAGUUUCUUCCAGCAUGAGGAGUUUUUGCAAGUAGUUACAGUAUGAACCCGACGUUUAAAGUUUGAUGAGGAUGAGAGGGGAGUGGAUGGGAGGUGGAGUCUUUCAUUUGGAGAUAAAGGAGGUGUGAAGCUGCGGAGAGACGCUGUGCAGUGCUGCAGGAGAACUUAUUGUUUUAUGUACAGGUGGAAGAAUUGUGUAGUUGUUUUAAGUUUGCCCACAUGCAGCUGAGCAAGUAAUACCCAGGCAGAGCAUUUCAAGUUGUAGUUUUAAGGCAGAUUAUCAUAGUUUCUUCUGUGACCGCGCAGUAAAUUCAAUCAUCAAGUGCAGCUGCAAAGUGAAAAUAAGAGCGGAAUAGAAUAAAAUGCAGGAUUACGAGAGGUCAGUGUCGUUCCUGGGGAGCUGGGGCCCGUUCCAGUGCAGAGUGUUCUUCCUGCUCUGUCUCAGCUCCAUACCAUGUGGGUACAACAUCCUGUCUGUCAUCUUCCUGCUGGCGAGCCCACCCCACCACUGCCACAUCCCCGCCACCAGCAACCUGAGCCAGGACUGGAUCCAGGCCAUCAUCCCAGUGCAGGUAGCCGGGCAGCCGGAGAGAAGCAGCUGCAGCCGGUAUGAUCUGGACUCGGUACAGAAUCUGUCCGCUUUGGGAGUCACACCCAGACUAAACCAGAUCCAGGGGCCUGGGUCCGGUCCAGAGGUCCUCCUGUCCAACCUGAAACAGGAGGGGUGCAAAGACGGAUGGACCUACAGCGAUGAGUACUACCACUCCACCGUGGUCACUGAGUUCAGUCUGGUCUGCAGUGAAGAGUGGAAACAGCCUCUGACGUCUCUUGUCUACUUCCUGGGAGGACUUUGUGGAUGCUUCGUCUCUGGACAGCUCUCUGAUCGGUUUGGUAGGAAGCCUGUGCUGUUUGGAGCCAUCGCUGUGCUCAGCGUCUUCAGCAGCGCUGUGGCCUUCGCUCCGUCCUGGCCUGUCUUCACUGUGCUUUUCUUCAUGCUGGGCUUCGGUCAGCUCUCCAGCUUCAUCGUCAUCUUUGUACUGGGUUCAGAGAUCCUGAUGGGACCAACCAGAGUGUUCUUCUCCAACCUGUGCUUGCCUUUUGUCUACGUGUUCGGUAUGAUGAUGCUGCCUGGCACCGCCUACCUGGUCAGGAACUGGAGACACCUGUCCCUGAUCAUGGCCGUGCCCGGCCUCGCCUGUUUCCCCUUCUGGUGGCUAAUUCCAGAGUCUCCUCGCUGGCUGGUGUCUCGUGGCCGUUUACACGAAGCAGACUUCAUCCUGAGGUCAGCAGCUAUGGAGAACGGAGUGGAAGCGCCUCCAGUCAUCUUCCUCCAAGCUGACGUCGAAAAAGCUGAAAGCCCAAAACCACCAGCGACCCUCAACUUCCUGGAUCUGCUGAAGAACACGAAUCUUAGAUGUAUGACACUCAUUCUGUGGCUCAUCUGGUUUUCCAUGAGUGUCAGCUACUUUGGAUUGUCCUUCAAUAUGUCCAGUCUCUAUGGUAACCCGUUCCUCAACUACUUCCUGCUGUCAGCCGUUGAGCUGCCUGCGUACGCUGCCAGCUGGUUGGCUGCACGCAACCUUCGUCGAAGCCUAUCGUUCAUCUGCUACACCCUGCUGGGGGCGCUAGCUCUGCUCCUCAUCCAGAUCACCACGAACAGUCAUCCAGCUCUCACCCUGUCCCUGGUGCUUGUGGGUAAAUUUGGCGUUCUAGCCGGCACAAGCGUGUUAUACAUGUACACCGGAGAGCUGUUUCCCACGGUCAUCAGGAACACAGCGAUGUCCUCCUGUGCCAUGUUCUCCAGAGUGGGGUCUUCUGUUUCUCCGUACCUGCUGCAUCUAGCUGUGUUCGGUCAGUUCCUGCCGUGGAUCGUCGUUGGUUCUCUGUCACUUCUCAGCGUUCUGCUCUGCAUCUUCCUGCCUGAGACCUUCAGACAGCCGCUGAUGGACACCCUCCAGCAGAUGCCGGUCACACGGCGGUGGCCAUGGAGCUCCACUACUCCUCCAAAGGAUGAUGGGAAAUCAGUCAAAGAACAGCCAACCUCACCUGAGGUCAUCUGCUCAACUCGCCUAUAAGACCCCCGAGACACAAACAAACCAAAACUGUCAGCAACGUCAAAGUCCUCCACAAUUUACAUUUUGCAUAACAUUUUACAUAAUGGUGGUGUCGUUUUCCUGCAUCCACCAGUUGGCGACUUGUUAACGGUGGAAGAGGACUUGAUUAAUCAUCAGUGAUGCGUUCACUGACACGUGAAGAGCAGUAACAGAGCUGUGCAACAGUGAGAUUGCAAAAGGAACAAUUGAGUCUCAUAAAAAGCAACACAAUUAUUUUUUUUUCCCAUUUCAAGCAAGAUCUAAAACUGGCAACAGUUCACUUCACUGAAAAACAAACUAGUAUUCUGUGUUUCCCUCAUGGAUUAAAACACUGGUUUGUUCGAGAUAAUGGACAGGCCUCAGUUAAAGAUAAAAGUUCAUAGUGCCACAUGAAUAAGAAGCUUGAAGAAUCAAUGAUAUUUAGAAUAAACAUGUUUUUUUUCUACCUGUGUAAAUAUUAAAACGUUGUUUCAAAAUGUGUGACAAAGACAAAUUUAACUUUGUGUAUAUAUUUUAUGUGCUGUUUGAAUUAAUAAAUAAAAAGUAAUGCAAAAUGUGUAUUUUUCACAAUUAAGCAAACUGUUCCUGUCUGUUUAGUUAUAAUGAUGUCACCACUCCCUGUCAACCUGAAAGGAUUAAUAUAAACAACCCUAAAAAUACAAAGAUAAUUGCUGAUUGGAUGAUAAUUAUACAGUUACUGCUAACACCAACCACAUUCAAAUUUACUUUCAUAUUCACUUUACCUCAUUUUUUCCCCCCACAUCAACCAGAUGAACUAUGAAAACCACUUGUUACUGUGAACUCAACCUACUGGAAAGUCAGAUAGAGGGCUUCAUUAGUUAUAUGUUCAAGAACUUAUACAAAAAAUAAGAAAACUUUCAGAAUUUACCAAACUGUAUAUUUAUUCCGAAAGGCGCUUAUAAGUAAAAUGUAUUAUUAUUAUUGUUGUUUUUGUUGUUGUUAUAGUAUAUUCAU